AUGGAGCAUUCGAGAACCGAGCCGGAAAGCUUGGCUCGAAGCUUGCAGCAUGGUCUCUAUUGUCUUAUGUCGACAAGUUACUUCGACAUAGACGCUGUUCACAGGAUUCUGUUGGUGAAUGAUAAUGUAGUGCCAUAUUACGGCGUGCACCCUUGGUACAGUCACUUGUUUCGUGUAAAUGUUCUUUCAAAAGAAGACCAUUACAAUCUUGUUUUGUCCCCCAAGCCAUCUCAGGAGCUAUUGGAUGUUCUACCUGAGCCUUAUGAUUUCUCGUUGUACGUAGAGAAAGUGAGGGAGUAUGCCACGGCUUGCAAGUCAAACAACAGAAAGUUUGGCAUUGGCGAAUUGGGGCUAGAUAAACUUUUCCGCGUGCCAACGAACGGUUUCUACGGUAACCAAGCCGUCACAGAGAACGUAAGGCUAUCCGGUUGCAAAGUGACCAUGGAACACCAGUCGCUUAUCUUCACUGAGCAACUCAAACUUGCAAAUGAAUUGCAAGCACCAGUGUCUUUGCACUGUGUUAAGGCACAUGGAUACUUCUUUGACACCCUAGGGAAGUCCCAAGAUUUCAACAAUAUUCCUUCGGUCGUUCUUCACUCGUAUACGGGCUCAGUUGAGCAAGCACAAUCUUGGAUCAAGGAAUAUCGCAAAAAGUCCACGAAAUUACGUUUUUCAUUCUCCAAUUACAUCAAUGCUACAGAGCAGAAAAUUUCCAUGCUCCAUAAACUUAUAGACGUCCUAGAAGAUCUGCAAAUUCUACUUGAAACCGAUAUGCCUUUAGAUCGUUUCUUUCUGCUGGACAGGGACGGGGAAUACGCAGAACACGCGGCUGGAAUCACUUCUGCCGUAUGCGAUUACAAGGAAUGGUCAAUCGAAGAAGCCGAGGAGCUUUUUUACAAAAACAGCAUGGACAUGUAUAGAACUUGA